GCCCACACAAAGUACACGUACACACACCACACCCACAUCCGCUCUUUACAUAAUGAGGAGUGUCGGUAUCUCCUUACAGUUUUUAUUUCCAACUACCGUCUAGCUGGCUUGUUGCGGGUAACCAUGGCGGAAUACGGGGAACGCGCUAAGAAAAGCAGUCUGACGCACUUGGUGCAUUCCACGAUCGGGCUCGGAUUGUUGAAACCCGCGGAAACGGCCGUCUCCUCCAUUUUGAGCAGCCCUGAAGAAGACGGUAUGGCGGCUCGGCUCACCUUUUACUCCAAGACGAGUGCCGGGAGCGUGUCGAGUGAGAAAGCUGCACUGGACGUGGAAAGCGACGAUGGUCUAACCAGUCUCGAUACGGGAAAGAGGAGGAAUAAAGGACGCCUCCCUCACCAGCCCUCACAAGACGGCUCCGUAUUUGGAGAUGAAGUGGAGCACGUCACCAUGGGAGUCAAAAGAAUGGGGUCGGACACCGAACUCAUCGGAGUACAAGAAGCUCUCAAUUUCGUGGCUCAAAGUUCGUCAGUCUCAUCAACGCUGGGUGCCGUUGCAGUUCCGUCGGUUCGCGACAGGUCCAUGUCUCUCCAGCCUGCCGCCUCUGCCAUCAAGUUCUUCACAAAACCAAUAUCGUGGGAGGAAAAUGCGGUAGCAAACCAGCACAUAUUUCAUGAAGUUGACACUCGAGAAGCGUGCUACUUCACUGACUCAAUACACUGCCAGCAAGCCAAACUGUUUCACCAAACAAAGCGACAAAAGAUUCGUUGCUCAGCCUGCAAGGUCGUGGUACAUGUCACAUGUCAGGAGAAGCUUGAAGUUGACAGCAUCCACUGCAAGGAUACCUUCAGGGAAAUUCGACAAAAACUCAGAGACACGGUGGUUGUUCACCAUUUCUUGAACCGGCGGAAACCUGUCGGAAAAUCAAAGUGCAGCAAGUGUGACAAAGGCUUUGGCAACUGGAAGUUUAUGACUGGGAGGGAGGUGGUGGCAGUGAGUUGCUCGUGGUGUGGCGACAGCUACCACGUGGCGUGUUUCUCACCCACUCUGAACCAGGAGCCGUGUCACAUGGGUCCUCUGAGGAGACUCAUCAUACAGCCUUCCUGGAUCAUCAGGGUGCCUAAUGUGGACCGAGUCUGGAUUAGAGGGUUCCACUCUACCGCUAGCGGCAUCACAGGGAGACGAGUCACCCAAACCGUUCUCAGUAAGUCGACGGAAGACAAGGAAGAGCAGGAGAAGGAAGGUCGAACAGAGACCCAGCAAAUAUUCCAAAGUAAAAGCCUUCUCGAAGCAGCAUAAACCGCUGCUGGUG